UGUGUGUGUGUGUGUAUAUAUAUAAAAAAUAUAGGGCAUAUAUAAUAUAUAAUGUAGGGCAUAUUCUUAUUUUAAGAGUAUAAAACAAACCGGUCUUUAGAUUUUACAGGCUGGCGAUGAUUCCAAUUAUAAAAAUACUCUAAUCAUAAGAUUUUUAAUGUUUACUUUAAUUAUUCAUCAAAUUAAUAGGAUCUCUCAAGCUUUACAUGAUGCAUAUUAUUCAAGUAUUUUCAUAGUCAAGUAAAUUAUUCUGAAAAUCAUUUAAAUUAUUCUGAAAAUGGCUAACAUGCCUGUAUAAAGGAUGAAACCAUUUCAAAAGUGUUAAAUUCUUUAUUUAAAUAGUAUUUAAGGAUAAUUAACAGACACAGUAUCAUAAAACAUAUACACGUCCUGAACCCUGAUAUGGCCAUUUACUGCUAAAGAGUUUUGAGUGUAGGAGCGAAGCCCAAAAAAAGUCUGUAAAGGCCUAAUUAAAAGGCUGAGCUGAUUGCAUUGAGAGGUCAACACAGAGGGACAGCAGUCGCGGUCUUAGGGGCCGUUCUAGCACCUCGUGCUCUCACUCAUCCCCGUGUAAUGUGCUCUCCGCUCCGCCUGCAGCCAGCCAUUGUGCUCUGCUAAUUUAGCCUUAUGGCUAAGCUCUCUGAUAACAAAGCAUUCAAUUAAAGAUAAGCCUGGAUUCCCAAUCAUCACAGCGGCGCGGCUUCUCUCUCAGUCGUCUCUCUUUGUUUCUUUCUCUAUCUCAUUAAAGCCUCGCUCUCCCCUCUUUCUUCGCUGUAGUGUUACAGAACUCUUGGCAUAGUUUAGAGGUCAAGACAUCCUUGCUUUCCCCAGGGAUUAGAGCCAAGAUGGAUGCUUAGUAGAAACACAAUUAAGAGCAGGUGAAGUGGAAAGCGGACAUUUUGGAUCUGCAUAAUGAAUGUCACAGCUAGACCGGCCCAAACAGCAAAUACUGUUGGCUGUGUGAUGAUAGGUGCACUGAUUGUCACAUCAACCCGACUCGAUUCUAGACACGCACGCACACACAUGCUGGGCCUCGUCCAUGCCUUCAUCUAUGCUCCCCUGCUGCUGGAGCAAUUGUUAGCAGAAGCUAAUGCUAUUCUUAAAGCUAAUGAGCUGCUUUCAUGUUUAUGUAGCUUAUAUCAAAGAAAGCAAGGUCAUGUUAAGUUGGUAAAUACCUGCUGAAAAGUCCAGUUUAGACCAGCAUGAGUAUCCAUACUGGCUUGGUGCUGGUCUUAACCAUAGAAAUAUAAACAUAGAUGCCUCAUUAGCCGCUGUUUCUAUGGCCUGCUAUACAUCCGCCAUAUUGGAACAGGCAAGGCUUGUCUGUGAACACUCAAGAGCAGUAGCCUUCAGCAGAUGAUUUUGCUAAACUAACAAUACAACGAGACAAAAGCUUUAAAUAACACAACAUCAAAAGUUACCAUAGUUUAAAAAGCUGUAAUAUUGGUUAAUUCAUAUAAAAACACAAACCAACACAUUCUCACCUGAGAAAAAGGUUAUGCCAUUUCUUUGGAAAUUUAAAUCUAGGCAGUGCAAUCUUGGAAAGUGAUUGAUUUUUACUGAGUGAUGACACGUUUACCCUUCACAGAUGGUGGGCACAUUGAUGGGAGCAGAUGAAUGUGGCAUCUGCAUACACCAAAAAUGAAUAAAUAAAUACUAAAACAUGGUCUUUUCAGUUGGGAUUGAUGAUCAGUGCCUUGGACUGGAUUUCAACCUGCGGUUUAGCAGGCACACAAUUUGACCUCGAAUUAUGACUCUAAACUAUACAAAAAGCUUGUGACACCUCUGUAUUUAAUUGUGCACGUGCACUACUCAAGUCAAGCAAGAGGCAGCAGCAGUGCUUAAUUUGUAAAUUUCGAGGUCCCGGAACAAAGCGGGGUGACGGAUCCGGCAUGUGAUUAGAGGAGGGAGAGGUAACGGAGCAUUCACAUCACAUUGGUGGGCCAGCUUAAGUGAUUAACAGCGUGCAUCCGUUGCUUUUAUUAGGGUUUGUACAUGAAAAACCUGAAAAAGCCAUGAAAUGUUGAAACAGCAAUUUCCAGGCCUGGGAAAAAAAAAUAGGCUAUUAAAAAACAAUGGAAUUUUAUUUCACAAAUCUCUGUAAUAGAGUUAUAAUUAAUCCUGUCCAGAAUUUCGUGGGGGAUUGUGUGUAGCCUAUAUCACAUAGUUUUACUCAUCCCCACAGCUUUCAAAUUUAUAAUGAGGGAAAUUCCUGCAAACAUUUAUUCAAUAUAGCAAGUAGGUUAUAUGAGUAAAUAAAUCCACACAAACUAGCAGAUUAAAUCAGUCAUUUGAAAACAGCGUGAGUGAUUCAGCUGCUUCACAUCAGUGCAUCUCGUCUGCAAUACAACGAGCUGCUGCACGCUGUCGCUGAUCCAAGACUUUCGCUCGCAUUUCGGGACAGUUGACAGAAUUGUCACUUGCUUAAUCGGGUCAUUGUUGCAUCUGCACAAAAAUGUAUAAUUUGCACGUCUUUUUAAGCCAAUCGGUACUCCAGAGGCGGUUUCAAGGCUGAGGGCUCACAGUCACAUCCAAAGCCGCCUAUAGCGAGUAUCACAUUGAGUUAUUUUUCGUAGUUUGUUGUUGAGCUUAAGUGGCCAAAUACACACAAAAUUACGCAAAAAUGGCCAUCCUGGCGAGUAUCCAGGUUUUUUCUUAAGUAAAUGUGAACAAUUGAGAAAGAAAACGCAUGUGUAUAGGCUAUUGGAUCCGUGCAUUAUGUCUUGUGAGAGCAGAGCAGUUCACAUGUCGCGUCUUUCGCGCGCUCAGGUUCUUUAUUUCAAAUGUAGAUGUGCCGCAAGCGCGGUCAUUAUAGAGGAUUUUUCAUAUAUGCACACUAUAGGUCAGCACAAACGUCUUUUAUUGGCACGUGAGGAGGGGGAUCCGGCACAAAUUAAGCCCUGGGCAGCAGCAAAAGAAUUGUUCGACCAAUCAGUUAAUUCCCUCAAAUAUUAAGCAGGGAUGAAUGACAAACACGCUAGGAUGACAUGAGAACCAUUGAAAGCAAAACUAAAUUAAUGUCCAUGAGAGGAGGAAUAUAAAAAGACAUAAAAACUGCGAAAGAAUCCCCCCCACACCUGUCCUCCUGUAUCUCCCUGCGUCUGUCUCAUCAAUCCAUCACAUUCCCACUCCAUCAGUCAACACCAGUCAUGAUGUCAUCACAGUGCGUCAGUCUGUCUGUCUGCACUGGAGCGGGGGUGAAGCGUGGCGUGUGCUCCCAGAUCAACCACUUCCCAGAGGACGCUGACUUUGAUCAUGAUGGAGCAGAAUACGUCCUGCGAGUGGUCCGGGCCUCCAACAUCUUUCCCAUUCUUAGUGCCAUCCUGCUGCUAAUGGGAGGAGUCUGUAUCGCAGCCAGCCGUUUCUACAAGAGCAAAAGGAACAUCGUGCUGGGGGCUGGCAUUCUGUUUGUAGCGGCAGGCCUGAGUAACAUCAUUGGUGUGAUAGUGUACAUUUCUGCCGCUCUGGGUGACAUUUCCCCAAAGAAGGAUGAGGAUAAGAAAUGGCAGUACUCCUACGGCUGGUCCUUCUACUUCGGCGGGCUGUCCUUCAUCCUGGCUGAGAUGGUGGGCGUGUUGGCGGUAAACAUCUACAUCGAGAAGAACAAGGAGCUCCGCUGUCGCUCUCGCACCGAUAUCUUUAAGAGCACCACUCACGCCAUGCUACGGCUCCCGAGCUACCGCUUCCGCCGCAGAUCACGUUCCAGCUCUCGAUCCACAGACCCCUCGCGCUCACGAGACCCCUCUCCCGUGGGCGGCCCACCGGGGGGGAAGAACUUCGGAAUGCCCCCAUCUGCUUUACUCUCCCAGGGGCCCAUCUCUGUGUCCACUCUACCCAACCCUCACUCCCGCUCCGCUCUGCCAGGGGGCGAUAUUUCCCUUUACACCCUCUCCCGAGACCCCAAACUGGGUGGUUUGGGAGGGCUGGGCGCCCCUCCGCUGUACGGCACGGUGGACCGCGCCACGCUAUACCAGCUGCACAACUGCUUCCCGAAAGAGAGUGGAGGGGGCGGAGGAGGCAUGAUGAUGAGUGGGACGCUGCCCUCGCUCAAAUCCCACAAUCCCUCUGCCGUCCAGAAUUCUUCCAACUCCAACGCGCCACUCAGCAACUCCGUCCCGUCCUCCCAGCCUCCACCUUUCUCCUCCUCUACGGUGGAGCGGGAACGAGGGAUGGGAACGCUGGAUAGGUUAGGAAAAGGCGACAGAGAGAGCAACUCCAACACGCUAAAUAGGAAAACUACACCAGUGUAGACAGAUAGAGGGUUGGCGUAGCUGAUAAAGUGCAAAAGCGAGAGAUAACUUAGAUGGAAAGACUGGAAAACAACUAAAAAGGGGAUAAGUCUCUCGGCAUUGACAAAUGUUUCACUUUAUGAAAAAAAUAGAGUGUAAAAGAUUGACAAACAUCUCAUAAUAACAACAACAUGUUUUUUUUUUUUUUUCUUCAGUACUGUUUGAACGAAACAUUAAUAUUAUCAUGGGAUACUGUGAUAUUAUUUUGCUUGAUUUUAGACGUGGAGUUUCAAGACGGUGAAGUGUUGUUGUUAUUAUGACUACGUUUGAACUGCUAGCGCUUAACAUGUUGAAUGAUUCUAGUUUUUAAACUAGAAAGACUAUUUUGCUUUUCAAAGAUUUUUGACUGUGAUUCCAAAACGUGAUACUGAGCACUGCAGAAACAUGAGUGUAUUCAAUAUGUGUGAGAAGAUUAUUACUACGACUAACUUUGUGAGAAGCAUUUUAUUUAUUUUAAAGAAAGUUUUAUUUUCUACCCUUUGAUAACAUGCAAUUUAGUGUAAUAUCUGUAUAUCUGUCUUCCAGCUCAGUAAAGAGAUCGGCACCAUAAUUGAUGGACUGAAAUGACAAAGAGUUAAAAUGAAAAAAGAUUUUUUAUAUAAACCUACCAUCAUAUUUUUGUUAAAAUCACUAUUAGCAGUAGAAGUAGCACUUGUUGAAUUGAAAACCUUUGUUUUGGGGCAUUAAAACAUUCCCUCACUUGAUCAAAGAGGGACAGAUGAUAUAUUUGUAUAGGGAAAAUGAAAAAUUAUGACAUUCAGAAGAGGGACUUCUAUCCAAAACUGUGCUUUUCAAAUCGGAGGGAGGUAGGGAGGAUGGAAAAAAACUACAUUUUGAAAUGCAAAUGUAUAUUACACAUAACUGUAUUUGAAAAAAAGAGAUACUUUAAAAAUCUAGAGUACAGAUGUGAAGGUGGGGGGUCUUUAUGUAUUGAAAAGGGCAGAAUGGGUGGGUGGGUCGGUCUUUUUUGAAUAUGUAUGAGGACACUGUCUUCCCUGAGCUCUGAUUGGGCUACACUCGUAUGUGGGGCAUGCCCUGUGUCAUUUGUGUUUUCCCUCCAUUGUGUCAUGUGAUCAUGACAGCAUCCCAAAGGCAAACUCCCAUCCAAAAAAAAACAAACAAAACAAAACAAAAAAACAAAUGUUAAUUGUGCUGCACCUGACUCCCUUUGAUCCGUCUGCUUCUCUAAAUGAGAGAUUAUAUAUGUGGACAUUCUGCUAACCUUUAACCUUUAUUCCAUGAUCCCAGCCAACAA